CGGUACUAGCAUUACGAAAGAAAAAAAAAACUGUGGGUUUUCAAAUUCGCAGACAAAAAAAAAAAAAAAACACAAAAUAUAUAGAAACUGUGGGUUUUUAUUCUUAGCUUAGGAGGAGGUAUUUAUAUUCUUUCAUAUUUGAUAGUCAGAGAUUGUAAGCUUAUUACGCUAACAGAGAGAGAGAGAGAUACCCAAAAAAAACCCAGAAAAAAAAAAAAAGAAAGGGCCGUCGGUGCUAGUGGAAAAUGGAGAUAAAGUCGGUGACAUUUCCGGCCGACAGCCCUCCGUUGGCCGUGAUUGCUGCCGCCAAGAUUGCAGGGAUUCCUUUGCACGCCGAUCCAUCCGCUCCUACUGAUUCGUCUCCUGUUUUUAUUUUCUCUAAUGGGGAACAACUGCAUGGAAUUAAUGCACUUCUUCGAUAUGUUGGUCGGGUUGCUAGCAUCCCAAAUUUCUACGGACAAAAUGCAUAUGAAUCUAGCCAGAUUGAUGAAUGGCUGGAAUAUGCUCCUUCCCUUUCAUCUGGUUCUGCAUUCGAGAGUGUAUGCAAAUAUGUGGAUGAGUAUUUAGCAGGCCGCACAUUUUUGGUUGCUCAUUAUUUGUCAAUUGCAGAUAUAGCAAUCUGGUCUGGACUUGCAGGAACUGGGCAAAGAUGGGAAAGUUUGAGGAAGUCAAAGAAGUACCAGAAUCUUAUAAGAUGGUUCAACUCAAUAUUGGCAGAGUAUAAUGAUGCCUUAACGGAAGUCACAGCGACAUACGUUGGCAAAAGAGGUGUGGGAAAGCCAGUAGCUGCUGCAUCAAAAGAGCAUCGAGGUGCCUCUCAAUCAGUUAAUAGUUUAAAUGGGGAGGUAACUGAAAAAGGUAGACCAGGAAAUCGACCUUCAUUUGAAGUAGAUCUUCCAGGUGCUGAGAUUGGAAAGGUGAAAUUGCGGUUUGCACCAGAACCAAGUGGUUAUCUUCACAUUGGGCACUCAAAAGCAGCACUAUUGAACCAGUAUUUUGCUCAGAGGUAUCAAGGUCAAGUUAUUGUGCGCUUUGAUGAUACAAAUCCUGCUAAAGAAAGCAAUGAAUUUGUGGACAAUCUUCUGAUAGAUAUUGAAACUUUGGGUAUCAAGUAUGAAACCGUUACAUAUACUUCAGAUUACUUCCCUCAGUUGAUGGAAAUGGCUGAAAAGUUGAUUCACCAGGGUAAAGCAUAUGUUGAUAAUACACCACGCGAGGAUAUGCAGAAGGAAAGGAUGGAUGGUAUUGAAUCAAAAUGUAGAAAUAACAGUAUAGAGGAAAAUCUGAAAUUAUGGAAGGAAAUGAUUGCAGGAACGGAAGAGGGUCAGAAGUGCUGUCUCCGUGGAAAGUUGGACAUGCAAGACCCAAACAAAUCACUUCGAGAUCCAGUAUAUUACCGUAGCAAUCCGGUACCCCACCAUAGAAUUGGCGCCAAGUACAAGAUAUACCCAACCUAUGACUUUGCAUGUCCAUUUGUUGAUGCUAUAGAGGGUAUAACGCAUGCUCUUCGUUCUAGUGAGUACCAUGAUCGCAAUGCACAGUACUACCGUAUUCAAGAUGAUAUGGGAGUUACAAAGGUUCAAAUAUAUGAAUUUAGCCGCUUGAAUAUGGUUUAUACACUUCUCAGCAAGCGUAAACUUCUGUGGUUUGUUCAAAAUGGAAAAGUUGAUGGAUGGGAUGACCCUCGUUUCCCAACUGUCCAAGGGAUUGUACGUAGAGGUCUGAAAAUUGAAGCAUUGAUACAAUUUAUUCUUGAGCAGGGAGCUUCAAAAAAUCUUAAUCUCAUGGAAUGGGACAAACUUUGGACCAUAAAUAAGAAGAUAAUUGAUCCUGUGUGUCCUAGACAUACUGCUGUCAUUGAAGAGCGACGGGUGUUGUUGUCCCUGACUAAUGGCCCUGAAAAACCAUUUACCCGCAUCAUACCUAGGCAUAAGAAAUAUGAAGGAGCUGGAGAGAAGGCUACAACAUUUACAAGGAGGAUAUGGAUAGACCAAGCUGAUGCUCAAACAAUAUCAGUAGAUGAGGAAGUAACCUUGAUGGAUUGGGGCAAUGCCAUAGUUCUGGGAAUUGAGAAGGACCAAGAUGGAAAUGUGACACAGUUGACUGGUGUUUUGCAUCUUGAAGGUUCAGUGAAGACUACAAAGUUGAAGCUCACCUGGCUACCUGAAACAAACGAACUAGUUAACCUCACACUAGUGGACUUUGAUUACUUGAUUACGAAGAAGAAGCUUGAAGAAGGAGAAGACUUCCUUGAUGUGCUGAAUCCAUGUACUAAAAAGGAGACUGCAGCCGUUGGGGAUUCCAACAUGCGAAAUCUGAAGCGUGGAGAGAUUUUGCAGCUUGAGAGGAAAGGAUAUUUCAGAUGUGAUGCUCCCUAUCUGAGGCCCUCAAAGCCUGUAGUUCUAUUUGCAAUCCCAGAUGGCCGAGGCAGACCUGUUUGAAUAAAAUCUUCUACAAUUUAGCGCGUUUCUUUCAUUUCCAGGACACAUCCAUGACCAUUACAGUUUGUUGACUUGAUGUCAAGAUAAUGUUGAUCUAAAUCUUUUCAUGUUUCAAUAGAACAAGUUUUAAAUCCAGAACCUUAAAAAGUCAAGCGUUUAAUCUGUCUAACAUUUCAAUUAACUGGUAGUUAUUUACCGGAAGAGAUUUGUCACUUAUAUUUGAUGGAAGCAUGGUUUUGGAUUAUGAUGUGCCUCCUUGGUCGCCGGCCUUAUGGGUUACUCGAAAGGAAAAUAAGAAAGCAAUGCGAAUCAAGUAGGCGGCACAUGAUCUAUUACUUUAUUACCGGUUGUCAACUAAUAUAAUCAGUCCCAUAUUACACAAAACUCGGGAUCAUCUCAAUUAGGAACCACCUAAUCCUCAUAAUAACCCUACAAUGGUAUUUUAUCAAAUAUCCCAUUGCUUGUUGAAACCCAAUUUAUUGGGUCCUUUUCGUCUCCAUAAUUAUUGCAGGAAAACACUUCCAAGUAGAUGAAAUUUUCUUUUGAAGGGCCAUAAAACAUUGAUGGUUGUUUAGGCUUUUUCCAUCUUUUCAGGAGCCGCAAGAUUAUUCUUGAAAGGGCGUUACCUCAGUUACAAGUUAAGAUUUCAUACUUCUCCUGAUUUUCUAACCGCUGACAGUAACAAAUUUUUUUUAUAUACGUAUAAAAAAGGAACAAUAUUUGUUAUGAAAUUUGUGAAAUUGACCACACUGAUGCUUAAGCGGAAUGCAGAAUAAACAUAGAUUGGAUCUGAAGGUCACCAGGGUCUUCAGCUUCAAGUGCCAAAGCAGACACCGAGUAGUGGCAUAAAGUGCCUGGAACCCAGAUCCAAUAUUGGCAGAGGCUUAAACUGCCAAUGACUCUGGAUCUGGAUGAAAUAGAAGCUAGCAGAGAGAGAUCAAUAACUUACCCUUUGUAUUCACCCAAAAAAAAUAUCUUAUCCUUGGUUUGCUGAUUUAGGAGAUCUAAGUACACAUUUGCUAUCCUGUCGUCCAAUAUACCAUAUAGAAAGAAAUCAUGGUAACCUGUCGCAUAAUCAUGGUAACCUGUCGCAUCUAGACUUCCAUUGAUCCAUGGACAAAAGAAUUUUUCCAUAAUUUUUCUUAAUAUGGAAGUUUGAAAGGCAAGACAGACUUCUUGUAUAGUUUUGUACAAUUAGCUCACACUGAAAAAUACAAUGCUAACAGUAUAAUGCAAGAUCCAAACUCGGAAUGUUAAUUAUAUCCUCACAAUCUGUAAUGUUAAUCAUAUCCUCCCAAUCUUCCAUGUAAAACAGAAAAUUAACAGAGUAAACUAAUAGCGAAUAGCCAUUCUUUCAGCUAGUGCAGAGCACACUUACACGAAAGAUUACUUGCAAUUUCUUUACAAGAAUGGCACAGAAAAUCAUUCAAAACCUAGUAAAAGUUAAUAACGCUUUGAAAUUUACUAUGAUACAAGUAAAAGAAUAGAACUUAAUGCAGACCAAGUAUGAUAAAUAAAAAUACAAUCUAGACAAGAAAGCCAAUUUUACAGCUUCUCUGAUACGGUUAUAGUUUUACUGGGGUUAUGACUUGUUCAUGACUAGUAUUCUGGUCAGGAAAUGGAAAAAGGCAGAAGUGAUACAUCCUCCAAAAAUCAUGGAAAGACAUAUAGAAGGCUAAAAAAUAAUGAUCGCAGCUCAAAAUGCUCAACCUUCCUCUUAAUAGGUACAGUUGGGUUAGCAACUGGUUUGAAAAAUGAUCCUGAUCUGCAAAAGAAAAAAGAAGACCAUAAAGCGUCAUAUCAUAAAGAGAAAGAAGCCCAUGAAAUGACAUCCAUCAUUUAAGCAUCGCUUACCAGACCUGUGAUGAUGUGUUCUUGGCUGCUUUAAUUUUCUAUAUCGCUAAACAAUUAAAGAAAUCAGGAUAGAUAAAAGCAUCGCAUUAUCUCAGAAAAAACAACAUAACCUCACAAAUAAUACAUGCAACAACUACACACCUUUGUAACUCUAUCACUGCUAAAUCAAUUUUCAAUUACCAAAAAGGCAAUCAGCCCCUACAUAAACAACAUGAACCUUUAACUCAUAUAACAUGACAAACAAUUAAAAUUUUCUACUAGGAAAUCAAUUACUUCUUCAACUGGGGCAGCCCACUUACUAUCGUGUUGCUCAUCAUCAGUAAAGACCACUGGCUCUUUAAAAAGCUGUCUAGCCUACUGAUACAGCCAAUCAUCUGGCAUUUGGUAUCUGACUAUAGAAGAAAGAAACAUAAUAAUUACUUAAAUGAAAACAAGGUUUUGAAUCAUUGUAAACCAAUGCAGACCUCACUCUAUUUAUGUUCUGCAGUACAUUUUCUAUGGAGCCAUAUUAACGGUGAGCUUUAAGGCAGUCUGUCCUUCAAUCCCUGUAGCAUAAAUUCAUAGUCAAAAUAUCAAGCCAAUUAGGUUUAAACUUAAGAGUGGAAAAAAUCAAGUUGGAGAAGGUUUGAAAUCCUAAAUACCCCGAAUGCUGUCACAAUAGUCACGUCCAGAAAGAAUACACAAAGUAAAUAAACUGAUCCAUAGCAAGAUUAACACCUCCAAAAUCUAAAAAUGAAUCACCUGAAAAGUAAAGAACCACCUUUACAGCCCGUUUACUGAAUUUCUCAAUAUCUUCCUUAUUGCCGGAAUGCAAGGACAAGAAUAAACAGCUGCAUGUCACAUAAUGUGAUUCGAAAAUUAAAGCAACAACGAGAACAGGAAAAAAAAAAAAAAAAAAAAAAAAAAAAAAAAAAAAGCCUUCAUCCACAAUGGCAAUGACAUUGAUAACGACAAUCAUGAUGAACAUGACUUUAUUGCUUUGUUCUGAAAAAUAAAAGCUUAACCAAAAGCAAAGCCUUCAUCCACAAUGGCAAUGACAUUGAUAACGACAAUCAUGAUGAACAUGACUUUACUGCUUUGUUCUGAAAAUAAAAGCUUAACCAAAAGCAAAUACAAGCAAAAGAACAUAACCACAAUGGUUCUGCUAAUCUAAUAUACUACCAUUGCAUUUUCACCAAAGCAUUUGAACUUCGCAAAUCAACAAGUUAUAUUCCAAAAUGAAUAUGUACAUUUAAUAAACACCAUCAAAUAGGCGGAUGCAAGAAAUGGUGGGAAGCUUCAUGAAAAUGCGCUACUGCAUAAUAUAUUAUAUAAAUAUUACAUACGAAAUACAAAGACAGAAGUUAAAUCAAGAAAAUAAUCACACUUUAAAAACGCUACAAACAAAGGCUAUAACAAUGAAAAAAACUACAUUACUACAUACGACAGGGAUAAAAACACUACCCUCGAUGUUUCUCCCCUUUCUUCUUUUUUUUUUUUUUUUUUUUUUUGGGGGGGGGGCAUUUUCCCAAUCCGAUCAGCCGUCAACUCCGUCCAUUUUUCAUCUUCAUCACAAGGAACAAUGCCGUCAUUUACAGCUCAGCAUGAUCAACCCCACCAAAAACAACAACUCCCAAAAGCCCUCUUCCCUCAGCCCUUAAUCGUCAAUACAAGCCCAAAAUUUUAUUUUCUCACCCACAAUUUCCAACUUGGGUAGAAAACGAGCCAAAAAGAUUUUUUUUUUUUUUUUUUUU